AGGACGGAAGUGAAGCUAACUUUCUGCGGAAGUCCAUAAAAGAAAACAAAUCCAUCUAUCUGUGCAAAUAGGGUGUCUGUUUCCGAUUUAAAACCGGUGAAGACCUCUCAAACGGUAGCUAUUUUCCAUAACAGUAGCCAUUAUCGCGACUUAAACAGCCCCGCCACGAAAUACUUCAUACACUAUGGAGUUCCUGUUUGGGAAGAGGAAGACCCCAGAGGAGAUGCUGAGGCAGAACCAGAGGGCACUGAAUCGGGCCAUGAGAGAUCUGGACAGAGAGCGACAAAGACUGGAGCAGCAGGAGAAGAAAAUAAUAGCUGACAUUAAGAAAAUGGCCAAACAAGGACAAAUGGAUGCUGUCAAGAUCAUGGCGAAGGACUUGGUUCGCACAAGGCACUAUGUGAAGAAAUUUAUUAUGAUGAGGGCAAAUAUCCAGGCAGUCAGUCUGAAAAUCCAGACUCUCAAGUCAAACAACAGCAUGGCACAGGCAAUGAAAGGAGUCACCAAAGCCAUGGCUACCAUGAACAGACAGAUGAAGUUGCCACAGAUUCAGAAGAUCAUGAUGGAGUUUGAACGACAGAGUGAGAUCAUGGACAUGAAAGAGGAGAUGAUGAAUGAUGCCAUAGAUGAUGCCAUGGGUGAUGAGGAUGAUGAAGAAGAGAGUGAUGCUGUUGUGUCCCAAGUGUUGGACGAGCUGGGUCUCAAUCUCUCUGACGAACUCUCAAAUCUGCCAUCCACGGGAGGUAGCCUCUCAGUGGCAGGUGGGAAGAAAGCUGAACCCCAGCCAGCUCUGGCAGAUGCAGAUGCUGACCUGGAAGAGAGACUGAAUAACCUCAGGAGAGACUGACA